AUGGCCAGGGAGGAGAAGGAUGUCAAAUGGUCACAUAGAUGGAAUUAUGUGAUGGAUUCACUGAACCAUAAUAAUCUUAACUUGUUCAGUAUCAUGAAUUCUGGUUUGAUUACCGCAUUUUUCACUGGUGGCAUUACUAUAUUGUCAUACAAGGUGAAGGCAUCCAGGAACAAAAAUGAAGAAAGUAGUGGUUGGCCACAAAUAAAAGAAGACGUGUUCCGUACUCCAUUGGGAUAUUUAGCCAUAUCAGUAAUUGUUGGUAAUGGUGUACAGGUCAUUAUAACAACUUUGCUUGUAAUAUCAUUUGCUACACUGGGUACCAUAUCUCCUGCUAAUCCCGGAAGUAUAUCCAUGACAAUAUUAAUUGGCUAUGUUACAUUGGGAAGUUGUCCUGCUGGUUACACAACGGCUAAACUCUAUAAAAUGUGGGGCGGUGAGCAUUGGAAAUUGACAACAGCAUUGACAGCUACAUUGUUACCAGCAAUGGCCAUAUUUCAGUUAUUAUUAUGUAAUAUCAUAUUUGUUGUGACUGGCAGUUCAUCUGUGUUGCCUUGGACAACAGGAAUAGCAGUCUUAUCCAUUUGGAUUUUUGGCAAUGUUCCAUUGGUCGUCUUUGGUGGAUUCUUUGCACAAAAACAGAAGAGAGUUUGGCACCCAGUUCCACCAUCUGAUAUUCGUCGAUUCAUGCCAUCAAGAGCAUGUUAUCGUAAAAUUGCCGUUCUAAUUAUCAAACUAUUUUGUGGUGCCAUUCCAUUCAGUGUUAUCUUCAUACAGCUGUUUUUUAUAUUGAAUUCACUGUGGAAUAAUCAGAUCUAUUAUUCAUAUGGAUAUCUGGCAAUACAAGUUGCUAUACUAUGUGUACUGUGUGCUGAAAUCUCCAUUGUAUUCACAUACCUGCAACUCAGUGCUGAGAAUUACAGAUGGUCAUGGAAUUCUUUCAUCACCACAGGAUUCGGUGCUGUAUAUUUCUUUGUUUAUUGUGUUUAUUUCUACAUUAACAAAACCGAGGCACAAGAUCCAUUCAGUUUCGUCAUCUACUUUAGCUAUACCAGCCUGAUGGCAAUUGUAUUCCUCCUAUUCACAGGUUCUAUUGGCUUCAUAGCUGCUCUAGUAUUUGUUAGAAAGCUAUACAUGCCAUAUGCCACGGAAUAUUAUCAAAAACCUCUCAAUCGAGUUGUAGCAAAAGAAUUAAAGGAUGUGGAAGCUAACGUUGAAAUUUUAGAAACAAUUGAGCAAGAGGCUGAAGAAGUUAAUCUCACUGCUGAAAACUUCAAACAUCACCAACCAGCUGAAGAAGAAGAAAAACUUUUAGCUUAAGGGAGGAUGGUAGUAAAAUGCGUUCCUGAACCAUGUUAUAAACAUGGAGCAGUCAUGUCACAUGACACAGACAAAUGUUUAUUAGGACAAAUAAC